CCCAGCUUCCCUCACGCGCAUGCAGGGGCCGGAAUGCCUUCCCUUUACCAGCGUGUAGUUUUUACAACUGUAGCGUAGAGCUAACUCCUUCAUUUAAAAACAUGUCGGAGUUUAAAGUGAACUCCAAGUUCGCGGAAAAAUAUGAUAAAUAUCGUCAGAAAGAAGAGUUACAGAGACUGAAGGAUCGAUACGGAGACGAUGAGAGCGAGUCGUCCGAGUCCAGCUCCGGGGACAGUGAAGUGGAACUGGACCCUGAAGUCGAGAGGGACUUCUACAGGACGUUGUCGCUGCUGAAGAAGAAAGACCCCAAGAUCUACCAGACGGACGCCAAGUUCUACUCGCAAAAUGCGUCCACCAGUGAUGAGAAGCCUUCAACCUCGAAGAAAGCGGUGAAGCCCAUGUAUCUCAAGGACUAUGAACGUAAAGUCAUACUGGAAAAGGAGGGUAAAUUUGAGGAUGACGACAACAGUGACGAUGAGGAGGCAGCCAGGAGAUUAGAGAGAGCUGCCUCUCCGAGCUACAUUCAGGAGCAGCGGGAGCUGAAGGAUGGCUUUCGUAAAUUCAUCCAGGACAGUGAGGAUGAGGAAGAAGAUGCCAUCGAGGGAGCUGGACGAUCAGAGUUUCUCACCAGGAGGAUCAAAACGCAGGAGGAGAAGGAUAACGAGGAGGCGGACUAUGUGGACUGGCUGAAAGGCCAGACUGACCUCGAGGGUCCAGAGGAGGUGAAGGACAUGAAAUACUUAAGGGACUACUGGAACGACCCAAAGUUGGACGAGAGGGAGUGUUUCCUGAGAGACUACUUCCUCAACAAGGGCUACCUAGACGAGGAUGCUGAGGAUGGCAAUGAACGGAUCCCGACGUAUGAGGAGGUGGUGCAGGAUGAUGUGGAGGACUCCGAGGAGGAAGGGGAGACUUUCUUGGCACGGCAGGAGGAUUUUGAGAGAAGCUACAACUUCCGCUACGAAGAGCCUGACGCUCAGAAGAUCAAGACCUACCCCCGCAGCAUCGCCACGUCGGUGCGCUCCAAAGACGACCGCAGGAAACUCAAAAGGGAUGAAGUGAAAGAGAGAAAGGAUAAGGAGAAAGAGCAGAAACGGGAGCACCUGAAGCAGCUGAAGAACUUGAAGCGAAAUGAGAUUAUGGAGAAGCUGAAAAAGCUUCAGGAGCUGACAGGCAACGAGCAGCUCGCCUUCAAUCAGACCGACCUAGAGGGAGAGUUUGAUCCACAGCAACAUGACCAGCUAAUGCAGAAAUUCUUCGGUAAUGAAUACUAUGGUGGAGAAGAAGAGGAAAAGCCUCAGUUUGAUGAUGACGAACUUGAGGAGCCCUGGAACUGGGACACGUGGACGGGAGAGGAUCGAGAGGAGCACCACCGUGAGGGCGGAGACGAGUAUGGCGCCUCUGAGCCCCACUGCGACGAUGACAACUUCAUUAUGGAUGCGGACUACGACCCCAACCAACAGACUGCCUCCCAGACGAAAAAGAAGAAGCAAAAGGAGAGGAAGAAGAUGAAGAAAGAGGAUUUGCCACAAAUGGGCAAAAGGAGAAAAAAGUCUCACUUUGCUGAAGUCGUCACCAAAAGCAAGCCGGUGUUUGACCCACAGGAGAAGAGCUUUGAGCAGUACUUGGACGAGUACUACAAGCUGGACUACGAGGACAUCAUAGAUGACCUCCCGUGCCGGUUUCGCUACAGGCAGGUCCUGGCCAACGACUUCGGCCUGAGCACCGAGGAGAUUUUACACGCCAACGAUAAGGAGCUGAACACUUGGUGCUCUCUGAAGAAAACCUGCAUGUUCAGGUCUGACCAGGAAGAGAAGAGUGAUUUAAAGAACUAUCAAAUCAAGGCCCAGAAUGAGAAGAGGAAGCGAGAGAUUCUGAGCUCUGUGUAUUCUGAGGAAGAUAAAGAACUGGAUGAGGCUAAGACCACAGUAGGGAAGAAGCGAGGCAAUCGUCUGAAGGAUGGAGAGACGCGAGACGGCGCAGCAGAGGACGGCGACGCCACCUCCAUCGUGGACUCCCCAGGAGGGACACUGGCCCAUGCUCUCGGAGAGGCAGGGGACGAGGAGGAGAUUCUCGUACCCAAGAAGAGGGUAAAACUGGAAGAGGAGGCCCAGGUGGCAGUUACCGCUGUGGAGGCAGCAGACAAAGCUGAGGUGAAAAUCAGGAACGAGAGGCCAAGAUGGCCCAAGAGGAAGCCCAAUGCCACCGGGGGAGGCCUCGGGUCAGGAACGCAGGGGGUGACGAUCGGUGGCCGGGAGUUCAGCAGACAGAGACUGAAGGCCUACGGGCUGAACCCCAAGAGACUGUUCUUCAGACAGCUCGGCAGACAGAGACGAAAAGAACGGGAGAAGGAGGAGAAGCGGAAAAGCAAGGAGUGAGCCACCAUCUCAUAGUUAACUGUCGACAGUACAAUCUGUAGAUUGUUAUGGUCCAAUAAUUAAACUCAUUAUAAAUAAUGUACUUCCAAGUUUUAAUUAAAAAAAACAAUGUUGAAA